UUAGUACCUCGGCAGUUUCUUUUGGCCGUGCAAGCAAGCCACCGUUUUUGAUAAAAAGGGCAAACUGGGCUUUGAAGAUGAAUUUACGAGAUGGACAAACGUAAGCGCAAGUUGUGUUGGAAGAGGUUCGCCGAUGGAAGAAGAACUUUGGGAGGUCACAUGGUGAAGAUUCCGAUCCCACUGGUAAAACAUCCCGAGUCAGCUUCGUCUCACUCGUCUUCUUCCUCGGACGAUGAAGAAGACAAAACGAUUUCGGCGGCUGAUCCCGAGUUCUCUAGCUCCGUCAGUGAAGCCGAAUCGUUCAAGAAUCCGACCCGGAAAGGAUCCAGAUUGACCCGGAAACCGGGUUGCAUCUCAUCACGCCGACCACAGCUUAAACCGACCAAACAAGAAGAACAAGUAUCGGUCAAAGACACGAAGAGAAGAACGAGUCAAAUCACCGAGUCAUGGACGGAGCAGGAGCCGGCGAGCUCGGUGUCUGAUGAAGACGCUGCGACGACCGAAGAAGAUGUGGCCUUUUGUCUCAUGAUGUUGUCUAGGGACAAGACACAAGUAGAAAACGAUCAAGAACAUGAAUCUGAGAACAAGAAGAGGAAGAAGAGAGACAAUAACAAGUGCGAGACUUGCGGCAGAAUUUUCAAAUCGUACCAGGCGUUAGGCGGACACGUGGCGAGUCAUAAAAAGAAGAAGAAGAAUAGGACAGCAUCGGAACCGGUUCAAGAACAAGAACAAGAAACACAGACGAGGAAAAGGAUCCAUGAAUGUGGGAUCUGUAAGAGGGCCUUUGCAUCUGGUCAAGCACUGGGAGGCCACAUGAGAUCUCACUCAAUAAAUUCUCUAAGAAGAGAGAGUUCGACGGAUCUAAUUAAUCUGCCUGCUCCUCUCUCUCUCUCUCUCUCUCAAAACUUUAGUUCCCACACACUAAAAUAAAAUUUGAUGAUUGAUUAUUUUUUUUUUAGUAAUCGGCUGUUUUGGAUCGAGUAAACUAA